AUGAAUUUAAAUGAUUUCACUAAGCUAUCAGAAUCUAGAGAGGUGCAAUUAAAACCUGACCGGCCUAGUCUACUUGUGUGCAGUACUAGCUGGACCCCAGAUGAAGAUUUUUCGAUUCUAUUGAAAGCUCUACAAAAAUACGAUGAAAGUGAAGAUAUCUACCCAAAACUCAUUUGUGUUAUCACUGGGCGAGGCCUAUUAAAGUAUCACUAUCAACAUAAGAUUUUAAAAUUGAAGUGGAAAAAAGUUUCCAUCAUUACACCUUGGCUUGAAAAUAAUUACUAUCCACUUCUUUUAACGUGUGCUGAUCUUGGUGUGUGCUUACAUGUCUCCUCAAGUGGAUUAGACUUGCCCAUGAAAAUGAUCGAUAUGUACGGUGUUUGCUUACCUGUCUGUGCAUUUGAUUUCAAAUGGUAA